AUCAGUGGCGUGGGCUCUUUCCCGUUCCGUAACGGCUUGGCUUGCUCGCCAGUCGCCAAAGUGAUUUGCCAACGCAGCGGCAGCGCCGCCGAGCACGAAACCGCCGGGAGCUUCCUCCAGACCUCCUCCCACCGCUCCGGAGUGCGCUGCCGCCACCGUCGCUCUCUGUCGUAGGGGGCGGAGAUCCACCCAUCCAUUCAUUCAUCCGAGGCGCCCAUUGGUCUCCUCUUUGUUGGCAGGGCAUCAACACUUUCCUGAAUCAAUGAUGUGCUGGGGUUUGCUGGUGUUAUCACUACAUGCUCUUUCAUGCCUGGUUAGUGGUGUCACCUCUAGUCGCACAAGCUCUUACGUGCGUACAGCAUUCCCAUCUACUGAUAUACCUCUAGAAAGUGAAUGGUUUGCAGUUCCGAAGGGAUACAAUGCUCCACAGCAGGUUCAUAUCACCCAAGGUGACUAUGAUGGAAAGGCAGUUAUAGUAUCUUGGGUUACUCAAGAAGAACCUGGGCCAAGUGAAGUGUUUUAUGGCAAGGAGAAGCAAUAUGACCAGAAAGCAGAAGGAACAACAACAAACUAUACAUUUUACGACUACAAAUCUGGAUACAUACACCACUGCCUUGUUAGUGGCCUUGAGUAUAACACUAAGUAUUAUUAUAAGAUUGGUAAUGGAGAUUCAGCUCGAGAAUUUUGGUUUGAAACGCCUCCAGCAAUUGACCCAGAUGCAUCUUACACAUUUGGCAUCAUAGGUGAUCUGGGGCAAACAUUUAAUUCUCUGUCAACUCUUCAACAUUAUGAGAAAACUGGAGGACAAACUGUUCUAUUUGUUGGGGACUUGUCAUACGCUGAUAGAUAUGAACAUGAUGAUGGCAUUCGUUGGGAUUCUUGGGGUAGACUUGUUGAACGCAGUACUGCAUACCAGCCAUGGAUUUGGAAUUCUGGAAACCAUGAAAUAGAAUACAGGCCUGAUCUGGGAGAAACUUCUACGUUCAAGCCAUAUCUGCAUAGAUAUAUGACUCCAUAUUUGGCAUCAAAGAGUAGUUCUCCUAUGUGGUAUGCUGUCAGGCGUGCAUCUGCUCAUAUCAUUGUGCUGUCUAGCUACUCUCCAUUUGUAAAAUACACUCCUCAGUGGUGGUGGCUGAAGAAUGAACUCAAGCGUGUGGACAGGGAGAAGACACCUUGGCUUAUAGUUCUCAUGCAUUCUCCCAUGUACAACAGCAAUGAGGCACACUAUAUGGAGGGAGAGAGCAUGAGGGCUGCUUUUGAGAAAUGGUUUGUUAAGUACAAGGUUGACUUGGUGUUUGCGGGACAUGUUCAUGCUUAUGAGAGAUCAUAUCGCAUUUCAAAUGUCAACUACAACAUAACAUCAGGAAAUAGAUAUCCGGUGCCAAACAAAUCUGCUCCUGUUUACAUAACUGUUGGUGAUGGAGGCAACCAGGAAGGACUUGCUUCAAGGUUUUUGGACCCCCAGCCAGACUACUCUGCAUUCAGGGAAGCUAGUUAUGGCCAUUCAAUUUUACAACUGAAAAACAGGACUCAUGCUGUCUAUUGUUGGAAUAGAAAUGACGAUGGGAAUCACGUUCCAGCAGACACCGUGGUGUUCCAUAACCAAUACUGGACAAGCAGCACGCGCCGCAGGAGGCUGAAGAAGAACCAUUUCCAUCUGGAGAACCUUGAGGGUCUGAUCUCCCUAUUCUAAGAGCCGAUACGCUGCACAAGCACAAACUUUGUGGAGCAAUGGCAGGAUAGCAAGCACCGUUGCUAGUGUCCGUUGCUCUUCGGAGCAGCACCACCUGUGAUGAUCAGGCUGGCAAUGGCAAGUCCAGCUACCUGAUUUCAUGCCAAAGGAGCCAUGCUGCCCCUGUGAUCUGAAAGGCUGGACUGCGUGAAUAUGGUGAAAAUAAAACGAGGUCGGGUGUAAACAUUUUACACAAAGUAAACAGCGUCGUUGCCAGUAGGAGUUUGUUAAUCCCUCUCCAUGC